CACGUGACCUGUGACGUCACAUGAGGAAGUAAACAAAGAGCCGAAGGCUGAUAAUUAUCUUGUUAUCUGCACCAGAAUGUCGAUUUCUAACCCGAGACAAGUUUUUUCCAACCCGUCGAUCCCUUUUGCCGGUACAAUUCUGGGCAGUUUGGUGCCGGGAGAGAUGGUUCUGAUCCAGGGCUCGGUACCGUCUGGUGCUGACAGGUUCCAGGUGGACUUCCAAUGCGGCAGCAGCAUCAAGCCGCGAGCAGACGUGUUGUUUCACUUCAACCCGAGAUUUAAGAAGUCGCGGAUCGUCUGCAACACGCUGGAGAAGGAGCACUGGGGCAGGGAGGAGAUCCUCUACCAGAUGCCGUUCAGGGUCAAAGCUGCGUUUGAACUCAUCAUCCUGGUCCUGAAAGACAAGUACAAGGUCGCUGUGAACGGAGCACACGUGUUGGAGUACAAACACCGUUUGGAUCUGGGCCGAGUCGACACCAUCUGCAUCUCAGGGAGCGUCAGAGUUCAGACUGUGGCCAUCGUUCCUCCUGAUUCUAGUCCCAUCUUGCCUGCUGCCAGUCAGACAAGUUUAAGUAGUUCAGACUCAGAGGUGAUGCUCUCAUCAUCAGGUGAUUUGAAAGUUCCCUUCAGAGCCCGUCUGGACAAAGGGCUGAAGGUCGGCCGCAGCAUCGUCAUCAAAGGAAAGACCAGCCUGAACGCCAACAGUUUUGCUGUCAAUCUGCGAGACGCGAGCGGCCAGAACAUCGUUCUUCAUCUGAACCCCCGUCUGAAGAAAAGAGUCUUCAUCAGGAACUCCUUCCUGUCUGAGUCCUGGGGCCCCGAGGAGACGGACCUGGAGUCCUUCCCCUUCGCUGCGGGGGACUACUUUGAGAUGAUUGUCCUGUGCAACCCCAAGAGCUUCAAGGUGGCCGUUAACGGACUCCACCAGUUCGAGUACAAGCACCGAGUCCAGGACCUGAUAACCAUCGGCCAGCUGGAGGUUGAGGGAGACGUCUCGCUGCUGGAUGUCAGGAUGCUCUGAGCCGCCAUCAUCGGUUCAGAAAAACUAAAGCCUUGAACUAACCUUAAACCCAAUUAACAGCCUGAACAAGAGCUCUCCUCUCUAAUUUUCUGUUAACAGUAAUUGUGUGAUGCAGUGAUUUGGGGAACCAUGCGACAGAUUUAGGGUGAAAUUGCUCUAAUUUAUUAAUACUGGCUGUUGCCGUCCUAUCGAAGAAGCAAUAAAUGAUCGUUUUUGCACUUUGAGAUGUAAAGAUAUGAAGUAAAGCUGGCUGAGGAUUAA